UCAAUGUAACGCAGCGUUCAUCCUGAACAACGUGUAAAUAAAACGUUAAAAUGCCUAUGAAAGGACGGUUUCCAAUCAGAAGAACACUGGACUAUCUCCAGAAAGGGGAUAUAAUCUUUAAAAACAGCGUGAAAUUGAUGACGGUUAAUUACAACACACACGGCGAGCUCAGCGAUGGAGCAAGAAAGUUCGUGUUCUUCAAUAUUCCUCAAAUACAGUACAAAAAUCCCUGGGUCCAAUUAGUCAUGUUCAAGAACAUGACACCGUCGCCUUUCCUGAAAUUCUACCUAGAUGAUGGAGAGCAGGUACUCGUUGACGUUGAAGGGAAGGACCAUAAACAAAUUGCACAGCACGUAAAGAAAAUUCUUGGCAAAACAGAAGAAGUCUUGCAAGCAGAAGCUUUAGCCAAAAUGCAAGCUUCAAACCCUGCAAACUUCGGUCCAAAGAAAUACUGUCUAAGGGAAUGCAUCUGUGAGGUGGACGGCCAAAUACCUUGCCCAGGCACGACACCGCUGCCUAAGGAGAUGACGGGCAAAUACCGUGCCCAGAUGGCAGCUUCAGAGGACAGAGGCUAACAGGACAGAUGGAAAAUGUUUAACUCAGUGGACAAUAUUUAUGCCAUUGUGAACUGCAUGUUUUGUUUUUGUACAUCAGUGUAAUUUGUUAAAAAAAACCUUUUUUUUUAAAUAUUGAAAACUUGAUGGGCCUCAGAAUGGACUGGAAAGACUGCCUAGUCGAUUUUCAAAGUUCAUCGAUUGAGACAAAAUUAGCUAAUGUUGACCUUUGGACACUUAGCACUGUAGGUUUCAUAUUAAUGUAUAUUAAAUGAAUAAGUCACCAUCGUUUUGCAUGUC